AUGAUACUAGAGUUAAAGCCUACGAGCCAGAGAUUAGAAGGAGACCUAACAGCUGUCCUCAACGAAAUAAAAGUUCAAGUGAAUAUCACUACAUCACUGCGAAACGAAUGGUUCCGCCUCCUUUGCAGUACCACACUUCACGAGAUGGGAACAGCUGAAAGACUUCAGCUUCUGAAUCAGCAUCUACUAACGGCCAACCUCACUAAAGAGCGACUCCUGCGUCUCGGCACUCGCUAUGUUCUAACGGACCGCAUUUAUGAGAGCAAUGCCCAGAACGAUCAGGAGUUAGCGGCCAGAAGAGAAGAGUGGUUACAGAUAGAAAAUGUCCAAGUCAAUACCAAGGACGUGAUGGCGCUCAUCGAGCGAGAUGUACGACGUUUGGGAACAACGAUCAAAGAAAUCACGGAGUACAUGGUGACGGCCGAAAAGGAGCUCAAGUCGAACCGGAGAGAAUUGGAGGCAGCAGAGGUCCUUACUAAGAGUGUGAAGGCAAUGCAAGAUCAGUUGCAGGCGUUAAGGAUGGAGCCCAAGAAAUCCGAUGAAAGCGUGAAGGCUUCUCGACCCGACAAACCCCAACCAUCGCAGGAGACCGACGACCAAUAUUUCGAUCGUUUGCUUCGUGAGUCAAGUGGUGAUCAAGUCGAAGAGACGCAGAAAAGCGAAGGAAAGGAAGAUGGAAAACAGUCAUCCGGACAGAUGCCGCCCGAGAAACCGUGCAGCAGCAAAACUUGUUCAAGGAAGAGAGCAUUAACCACAGAAGAAUCCACUGCUUCAUUAGCCGACCAACCAAGUGGCUCGGGAACUAAUGCAAAGAAGUCGAAGCCUGCCACUAGCCAGGAAGCAGCAGAUGAAAUGGCGGCCAUUCGGACAGAAAUUGAGAUAAUGGAUGCUACCCUGUCAAAGUACCCAUACAGGAUGAUAGUCGACUAUUCUGAAGGCAUUGACCCUAAAAUCGACUGUUCCUUCUGCGGAGUCGUGGGUGCCCAUUAUUCAGACUCGUGCCCUAAUGUCGUCGAUGGAAAUCAGAGGCUAGAAGUUGCAAAAUAUUGUGGCAGAUGUUUCAAGUGCAUGAAGUUUUGCCACGGCACGUGUAAAAAGAAGGAGAAGGGGUGCUGGUAUUGUAAGCCGCUCCAAGGAACACCUUUUGCGGACAUCAUUCCACCGUAUACACAUCACCGCGCAGUUUGCCCAGCACCAGACAAGAAGGAAGAGUUGCAACUCAGAAUGCUUCGCAAAAUCGAGGAGCUCACCAAUCUGGAGAGAGAGCGCACUUCUCGUCGUAGGGUUUCAAGUUACCGAGUAAACCGCGUGGCUGGACACGUCCAUAAGGCGAGCAAAACCCCACAAGUUCCGAUAGCCACCGAUACCGAACUUCCUUCGGCUGAACGCUAG